GCCAUGAACAGUGCCAAGACACUAGUUAGUGGAGAGCUCCUGCGAGUGACCGUCCAGAGACCUUGGUUCAGACCCUCUCUCUUCAAGAGCAAGCAAUUCCAAAUCAGACUAGGAUGACUCAAGCCCGUGUGUCCCCCGGAACACUGGAAGGCGAAAACCAGUUCAUCAGUGACCAUAACUCAGCCAGGGGCAAUACCUCUCCCACG